AGUGAACAUCAAAUUUUGAGGUCAAGUACAUUGUUAAUACAAGUAAAAGCGUUCCAAUUCAACACACAUAUUCUAAAUGAAAAGAUGUGUCUUAUACAAUAAAACAUGUUAAAUAAUUUGGUAGCAAUUUUAUGGAUCAACAUUAUCGCAUGAAAUUUUGAGUCUCAGGAUAAUCCUAGUUUAUAUAACAUGGCCAUUUUAAGUAAACUCAUUUCGUAUUUAUAUAAAAGUUUUGCGUUUGAUCACCUAUACGUGCCUCUGAUGUAUAAGUGAUAAUUUCAGAAAGCAGAAAGAAAAUGUUAUCGCUAACGAUAAUCUAAAUAGUGAAGCAUUGUAAAAGCUGAAACCAUUCCGCAAAAUACACAUCAGUGUCUUUCAAAUUCGCUCGAUCGAUAUGAGCCUGGCUUUCUCUCUGUUUAUCAGAAGGAGGCGCUGUAGGACAAGGCUCGCUAAAUCAUGGCACGCAUUCUCACUGCAUGUAUUACCCCCAGGGUCAGGCACAAGAAUUUACGACUGGUCAACAAAAGCACGUGAUCUAAACUUAUGUCCCAUAUUUGGUUGCAUACGUAGGAGGCAGAGAAAUGACAUGUGCCUUUUAUUUCCAUAUUUCAUUAUAUAUCGCUCGUUCUGGCGGCGAAUAAACGUCUAAGAACCACAAAUCAAUCCCCUGAAAGGCAGAUGAGUUCCUACUUCUUAAACUCUUUCUCAGGUCGCUACCAAAAUGGCCACAAUUAUCAGUUGCAGAGUUAUGGGAAUGCCUCGUCUGUGGGCGAGCAUUUUAGGGAAUCGACGAUGCUCUCCGCCAGGUAUGGCUAUGAUUACACUGGGAUAGACCUCAGCAUGACUCGUUCUAACUCAAAUCUUCGUGGAGACAGUGAAAGGUCUGCUAACUACAUGCAGGCAGCCAGUAACACCUUUCAUAGUUCAUCUGGUGCGAGAGCUAAGUCUCCUGAUCCUGCGGUCUGCUCAGGGUCUUUAAUAAACCCAACUAACAGUACUGUUAAAACGGGGACUACAGUCACAGGGCCAAGUCAUUCAUACCGCUGUGGUCAGGACACAUCACCGUUAACCGAUGAGCAUCUUAAGGGAACGAACAGCCCCAAACCAGAAAGUGGGCAACUAGACAAGGAUUCAGCACAGCAGAUGCAGAUAUACCCAUGGAUGAAAAAACUUCACCUUAACCAAGAAGGCUUAAGUGGACCAGAAGGGAAACGAACGAGGACAGCUUAUACCCGCUAUCAAACCCUGGAGCUGGAGAAAGAAUUCCAUUAUAACAGAUACCUUACACGACGCCGGCGGAUAGAAAUCGCUCACGCCCUGUGUCUGACUGAAAGACAAAUUAAAAUAUGGUUCCAAAACAGAAGAAUGAAAUGGAAAAGGGAUAAUAAAUUGAAGAGCAUCAAUAUCAGCCCUCCAGGAGGGCCUUAGCUGGUUACACCUAACUGGCUAUAAUAUUACUGUCCUUUUCGUUGCAAUGGAAAUGGUUGUUUGGGCACAUAAAAUACUGAGAUACAUUAAUAUCGUGUGGGUUCAAAAUCUUGUCAUCAAUACACUUCAUCAGUUGUCAUCUACAGAUGUUAAAUUUUUUCUAAAUAUAUAUAUUUAUAAUAUCUAUGCCUAAUUCAGAUAACAAGAAAGAACAAUAAAAAGGUCAGCCGGCAUAAGGCAGCCAAGCAAACCGUUUACCUCCGAGAGCAGAAUGAAGUUGUUUUCUGUGUCCGGUUGCUGAACAAACCAAUCUUCUACCGGUUGAUAGCUUCGUUAAAGCUAUAAUUUGAUCAUGUUUUGUAAAGUUAGAUAAAUAUUGUUGCUUUCGUCUUUUUUUUACAUCAAAGGUGAUUUUUUUUAAAAAAUCAGUGCUGGGAAUCGUGGCUGUGAUCCCAGGUAUAUCGUGUGAUGUAAAUUCUGUACAUACAUAAUGUUUAAAUGUCUGACUUUGUGCUAAAUAAAUGAAAUGAAUGGU